CUCUCGGUGUUUCUUUAGCUCCACCCAGUGGUCUGUGCGAAAUAAUGCAGGCAACAUGGCGGCGCCCGUCAGGACAUUGUGCUGUUCAGUUUUGAGGCUCUCCAGCAGAAACUUCAGCACAACAUGUGGAGUACAAGCUGGAGAUAAAUGGAGGAAAGAACAUGGACUUGCCCGCACUGGUUCAGAAUAUGGUCCUCUGACUGAUCUUCCUGACUGGUCAUAUGCAGAUGGAAGACCAGCACCUCCAAUGAAAGGGCAGAUGAGAAGAAAGCAGGAGACCGAGGUUUUAGCAAGACGUAUUGUGAUGCUGAGUUCAGAGAUGGACCGAGGCAUAGAAGCGUGGAAGGAGAGGCAGGAGGAGGCCAAACGAGCGGAGGAGCACAAAAAAUCUCUUCUACUCAAACCUAAAGGGAAGCUAUUAAUCAAGAAAAAUUCUCAAAGCUAACAAGCUGUUAAAAGUGUAAUUUUGUUGCAAAUAUAUUUAGCGCCAGUGUAUUGAAUAUAUUUAUGUAAACUUUUCAAGUCUUCACUUCCAUUGGAUUUCAGCAAUAAAUGUUGUUUCUGAUUUAUA